AUGACGUCAAGGAUUUUCCAUUUACAACAGAUUUUAAAUAACCCAAGUGCGCUCAUUGAGCUCGAUGUUAUCACACUCACUAGUGAUAUAAACUACUAUGAAUGGCAUGAUAGUUUAACUGACUUUUUUGAAAUUUACUCCACUGACUUAAUUAAAUACUGCAAUACUGGAAAAAUUGCCCUUUAUAUGGAUGAGUCUGACGCAGAUGAGCCCGUUCUUAUCAAUGCGCUCGAUAAUAUCUCUAGAUUGAUAAUCAAGAAUAGCGUUGCGCCAGAGAUUCGAUCUCACUUGAAUGGACACUACAAAACUGGUCGUGAAAUGUAUCAGUAUCUCAAAAGAGAAUAUGGAACUGUUCGCUUUCGUACUGCUGUCGAAUUGGCGUAUCAAUUACGGUUACGACCUUGGAAAAAUCAAAAAGGUUCUCGCACCCAACACUACCAUGAUGCUGUGAAUCAUUUUGAUAUGGCUAUUGCCAAUCGAAUCCCCUAUGCCGCAUAUCGUGGAGUCCUCUACAUGGCUGGUCUUCGUGCCGAGGGUUUUCUGAAACAACAAAUUGAUGGAAUGAUUAGUAAGUUUCAAAUGGAGUAUUAUGAUGAUUGGAAUAAAUUUACCAUUCCUAUCCUCACAUCCAUUUUUGACCGCAUAAUUGAGGAUUUUCCCUAA